CCGGCUUCCUCACAUCCCCGUCUGAACAAAGAAAAAAAACAAAAAAGAAAACUUAGCAAAAACCCUAAUUUGACACUUUCGUUGCACAAACAACAAAAAAGUAAAACCCUAAACUGAAAAAUCAAUUUUUGAGAAAUCAUCAUUCAAUUUUGAUGCUUGUUUUCUGAAUCGUUUUUGUGGUGAUUCUAGCGAGCAGAGGAGAAAUGCACAGUUGCUUUCAUGAAGAUUAGUCACUACAGAAGUUUUGGUCUUUUAAGCAGGAUUUCAUUCAAGAUAGAUCCACUAGAAGUUUUAAUUUUUACUGUUUUGAAAGGAAAAAAAUAAUGAAAUACUCGGUUACGCUAGGAUUCUACUUUUAAUCAAAUAACAUUGUGAUUGUUGAGGGUUUUUAAUUAAGCAUUAGUGUAUUACCCAAAUUUCGAUUGUGCUAACCGUUUCAAUAGUUGGUAAAGACUUAUCAAAUUCUGUUACAGUUGUAUAGUUGGUCUUGUGUUGAAAUUAGGGUCAGUUGUCCAGUUCAGUUUGAUAUACUCUAUAAUCUGGAUUUUCUCGUGAAGAUUAUAUCAUUGGAACUUAGUUUAAGAGGAAAUUUAGUGUGGGUACUCUCCUAGUUUAUCUAUUUAGGGUAGUAUCUGGUUCGUCAUUGCAUGGGCGAUCAUGAGCACUGGGCACAGCCUAGUGGUGUUAUGCCCAAUGGCCUUCUGCCCGAUACAGUUUGUUUGGUGACUAGAUCCCUUGAUGCAGAAAGAUGGUCCAUUGCUGAAAAGAGAACCGAAGAAUUAAUUAAUUGCAUUCAACCCAACAAGCCCUCUGAAGAACGCAGAAAUGCUGUUGCAGACUAUGUUCAGAGGCUUAUCUUGAAGUGCUUCUCCUGCAAGGUUUUUAUGUUUGGGUCUGUCCCUCUUAAGACCUACUUACCAGAUGGGGACAUUGACCUGACAGCAUUCAGUGAGAAUGAAACUUUGAAGGAUACUUGGGCUAAUGAGGUCCGCAAUAUACUCGAGACUGAAGAAAAGAGUGAGACGGCUGAAUUUCGUGUGAAAGAGGUGCAAUACAUACAGGCAGAAGUGAAGAUAAUCAAGUGUCUUGUAGAAAAUAUUGUAGUAGACAUAUCCUUUAACCAGCUUGGCGGGCUGUGCACUCUUUGUUUUCUUGAGGAGGUUGACUAUUUAAUUAAGAAAAGUCAUAUAUUCAAGCGCAGCAUCAUUCUGAUAAAAGCUUGGUGUUACUAUGAGAGUCGUAUAUUGGGAGCUCAUCAUGGACUUAUUUCUACUUAUGCACUUGAAACAUUAGUUCUCUACAUAUUUCAUGUCUUCAACAAUUCCUUCGCAGGACCACUUGAGGUCCUUUACCGGUUUCUAGAGUUUUUCAGUAACUUUGACUGGGACCAUUUUUGUGUUAGCCUUUGGGGUCCAGUUCCAAUUUGUAGACUUGCGGAUAUGACAGUGCAACGUAUGGCAGCGGAACCUCCUCGAAGGGAUACUGAAGACUUGUUGCUCAGUAAAUUAUUUGAUGCUUGUAGUUCUGUAUACUCUGUGGCGGUCAAGAUAAUCAGGGUCAACCCUUUGUAUCUAAACAUUUCAAUGUUAUUGAUCCUCUACGAAUGUAAUUUUUUUAGGAUUCGUAGUGCCUUCGCAUUUGGGGCGAAAAGGUUGGCCAGACUUCUCGACUGCCCGAAAGAGAACGUAAUGUCUGAAGUAAAUCUGUUCUUUAUGAACACAUGGGGGAGACAUGGUAGUCGGCACCGCCCUGAUGCACCUAGUGCUGAUUUGGUUUGCUUGCAACCAUCAAUUCCUGAUCAUGUAAUUGGAUCUGAGAAUUUAAAACAUCGUAUGAGCAGCAAGAAAAAGACCGAGGAGUCUCCUGGCAGUCAAGCCCCAGAAAGAGUAUCUAGGACCAGUAACUUUUCUGCAACUUCUCAUACUGGUCGGAAAAGAAUUUCUAAUCUAAACACUUCCAGGGUGACUGAGCAUUUGGCGAAGAAUGUUAACCCUGGUGAAGCUGCGGGUCACCGAAAGAUUAUACCAAAUUACUUGGCGGAUGAGGUGCAAAACACAUUCCAUUUUGUGAGGACACAUUCUAGUCCUGAGCUAACAGACGCAUCAACUGAGGUUUCCAGAGGAAGACAUAACAAGGUGCCAGAAAUGGUGAGAAAACAGAGUACUCGGAAGGCAGAAUAUACAAGGAGAAAGAAUCUGGAAGUUCCAGGAACUCAUAGUGCCAAAUGUGUAACUGAAGAUUCCUCGACUUUGAGGAGCAUCCCAUCUCUUCGAAGCCUUGAUGUUGCUGGUGAAAACAAGUAUUAUGAGGAAGUUGGUUUUGGUUCCACUGGAGAAGAGCUUGCUUAUGUAGCUGAUACGAGGAAGAUGUGUCAGGAGGCGCAAAACAUGGUGAACAUGAUGGCAUCAACUAGGUUACAUGGUCUUCCCAGCCAUAUGCAGUAUCCUAUGAAUUUAGCUUCUCCACACUUACCUCGUCCAGUUUCACCUUCUGCUCUGGCAUCAGUUGGUUAUGCUCGUAGGAACUUGAUGGGUAUGAUUCCAGCAGAUAUGCCUUUGGCUGACCCUCUUCAUGGCAGUACCUCAUCUCCUCAAACUAAGGUGUCAUCGCCAUCUUCGAGAUACUUCCCUAUAGUUGAGUUAGCGUCAAAUCAAGUUAUGGAACCGAAUUUUGAAAAUUCAGGAUUGACGGAAGUCAAACAGAUUGAAAGUUCUCACCAUUUCUGGCAGGAUCAAGAUGCUGCUAGUUCUGUUAGAGGUUUGGGUGCAGAUGAUGGAGCUUUCCAGGUAGUGCAGUCUGAUGACUCAAUGUCGCAUAACUUUGUUCCUUUAACCCGAGUGAGUAGCUCUGGCAGUUCAAUAGGGAAAGGUCGUCACAAGUUUGCUAAAGAAAGCAAAAAUCGAAAUGUUUCUCACCAGAGAAAGUAUGAUAGAGGAAAUGCGGCUCAUAGCCCUGAUAGAUAUGUGAGUAUGAGAUCCUUACCUACUUCAGAACCAGGUUCCUCAAGAAGCAAAACAUCUUCUGAAAGUUCCUGGGAUGGAUUAUCUGCCAAAGUCUCUAAAUCAUCUAGGGAUAAACGGGGAAGAAGAAUCACUCCUUCUGUAGAUUCGUGCACUGCAUAUGAUAAAGACAAAAACAGAUCGUAUGAUGAUGCGUCAGUAGAUAACAGUUCUUCACAGGCAGAUGAAGACAACAGAGACUGGAUUCAACAAACUGAAAUGGUUGAAAGAAAAUCAGUGGCUUCUUUGCAUUCUCAGACCCACCAACUGCCUAGCUAUGAAACAUCAAGUAUGAGUGGAUCGGACUCGAUGAUACCUUUAUCUCCUAUGCUUGUGGGUACUGGUUCCCGGCAAAGUACAAUGGAAAAUCCAGGGAUGGUACCCUUUGCAUUUUAUCUUGCAGGCCCCCCUGUUCCAUUCCUAACAAUGCUUCCUAUGUACAAUGUGCCUAUAGGGACUGAAACUAGUGAAAGAUCCACUAGCAAUUUAGAGGGGGAGGAGGGAUCAGAUGAUCAUAGUCAUACAAACCAGUCAGACCAGAACUUUGACUCUGUAGAGUCCCGUGGUCAGUCCGAGAUUUUCAGUACCCGUGAUUCAAGUAGGAAUGGUUAUUUAACGGAACAUCCCGAGGAGCACAAAUCUGACAUUCUGAAAAGUGACUUCACUAGUCAUUGGGAAAAUCUUCAGUUUGCACGGUUGUGUCAAAAAACAAGGUAUCAAGGUCCUUUGGUUUAUCCUUCCCCCGCUAUGGUACCACCAAUGUAUUUACAGGGCCAUUUCCCCUGGGAUGGUCCGGGAAGACCUAUUUCGCCUAAUGGAAACCUUCUCACCCAGUUUACAAGUUAUGGCCCUCGUCUCGUUCCCGUUUCUCAGUUUCAACCUGGUUCUCAAAGAUCAAAUGGUGUUUAUCAGUGUUAUGGUGAUGAAAGCCCUAGAUACCGUGGGGGAACUGGAACCUACCUGCCAAGUCGUAAGGUUCCUUUCAGGGAACGACAAUCGUCAAGUAUUAGAAACCAUAAAUUGAACAAUGACAAUUAUGACUGCGAUGAGCACCACAAAGAAAGUGAGGGAACUUGGAAUAUGGGAUUUAGACAGCGAACUGCUGGGCGAAAUAAUGGUCUCAGUGAUAAGCCUAGCACAAGGUUAGAUCGCUUGGCAGCAAAUGAGAACCAAGCUGCUUAUAGAACGUUUGACUCGUAUAGGCAUGGAUCUUUCUCCUCAUAUCAGACCCAGAAUGGUUCAUUUCUCCCCCCAACUUCUAUUCGUAGCAACAAUGGCAUUUACCCAAUGGUGAGCAUAAACUCAAAUGGUGUUUCACCCACUGGACCUGCUGGUCCAUCUGUCGUUAUGUUGUACUCUUACGAUCGAAAUGUUGGUUAUAGUUCGCCUGCAGAGCGUGUUGAGUUUGGUUCUGUUAGGCAAGGUAGUUUUUCAUGUGUGGAUGAAGUUUCACAGGAAGUUGAAGUAGGCCCAGCAAGGUUUAUGUAUGUAAGACCGAUUCAAGGCGGUUCAUCUGCUUAAUCCUCUCCGGACGAGCCAUCUUCUCCCCAAUCUGAAAGAAGGAAUUGAAUAUCUUGCGGGUAUCAGUGGAUAAAAAGAAAUUAGUCGUAUAUAGAGACAUCUGCUCCUUGUUGUCUCCAAGUCAAAGAUGAUCAUAAAGAUCAAGCAUGUCCUAGUUACCAGUGGUUGUUCCUUCCUUCACUCUUAGCUGAUAGAUCUGUUGCUCCAGAGGUAUUUGCAUACUUCAUUCCUGUAAGUGAACAUGUUGACCAUGUUAAUGUAGUCAUUGUAGUACACAGCGAAAUAUAACUGGUUGCCUAUGCCUAAUAGUAGGAUAUAUAGAAGAGGGUGUAAUUUAAAGGAGAAAUUAGUGGGUUUCUUAUUGUUCAGGCUCUUUACCUGAUAUAGAAACCUUCUCAGGUUCAGAAUAUAGUGACUUAACAUUCAUCUAGAAAACUACUUUUGAUUCUUUUGAUAGAUAGUUCUUUUUUUUAUUUGGAACAACUAAGUUUUUGAUUAUUUUUUUCUACCAACAGAGGCUAUUUUGUCUUUGCUUAACUGUAGCUCAUUAAUGUCAAAAGUUCAGUCAGAAACAAACAGUUCAAUUGCUCCACCCUGGUGAUUUGUACUCUUAACCUUCUGAAACACAGCCGUAUGACUUUGAGAAUUUUCCACAUUGCUGUCAUGCAUACUCAUCUUUUUUUUAUGUUUGAAGUUCUCUUUCUACAUGAGCUUAUUCCUGUCAUACUGUACUUAACACGGCACUGUAUUUUCUACUAGAGUAUGCCAAGGUAUCUACACUAUGCUCCCUUCUUUACUAGAUGCAAAGAUCAACAAGCACAUGUCAGGCAGGUAAAGAUAACUGGGUUAAGGGUUUAGCCAUGUUGAGACUGACUUUGUUUUUAUGUAUUGAUGGCCACAUUAGCUUUUCCAGCAAGGUUCUUAUCCAUCUAUGGUCUCCACUUUUAGCACUUCGAAGGAACCUAUUACCUCAGGUCUUGAAGAAGGGUGGGAAAUUCUCUUGUUCAGGGGUAGUGGGCUGAUUCCAGCCCACAACUUGUGGAUGUUGGAUUUCAGUGAAUUUGUGGUCCCCCUAAUAGAUGGGAUUUCUUCCUGAUGCUUCGUUAGUUUUAUUUUUGAAGGCUGUUUAUUCUCAGAAGACUUGCACGCAUCAGGGCAUUGUCUAUCGUUCGCAGGGGAAGUCUUUAUCUUACUAUUGGGAGGGUUCAUUGUUAGCGUGACUGUCAUCAGGAAUUUGUAUUUUUCUGAACAUUGUUUCUCCGACUUUUGAGUCUCUUUUGACUACUGGAAGUGAUGUGCGAAGAUAUUAAGCAAUGUGAGUUGGAACUGCGAAGAGGAGAAACGUUAUGUGCCUGCCAGUAUCAUUUGUUCUUGGGAUCACUCAAAAUUAUGUCUAGACCCAAUGAGAAAGCUUCCAUCCUAGAGUUGGGCAUAAUGGUCUCCGAACUUCGGAUCUUUGUGUUAAACCUAGAUUACAUUCUAUCUAGAUGGGUAGGUUGUUCCACAAUCAUCUGAAAAGAAGAAAAAAGGGUAGCAUGUGCUACGGGAAGGGAAGUUUUUAUUGAUUUUUGUUCAGUCAAAAAUGGUUACGUUGACAUCUAUCGACAAAUAUUGCUCCGUAGUUUGUUUUAUCUUGCUUUUUCCCUGAAAAGUGGCUACGAGACAUCAAGCAGUUCAUUUUUGAAA